AUGCAGGUGCCCUACUUCGCCAUGGCGCGGCACGGUGUGCCCCUGGGCCAUGCCUUCACUGCUGCAGGCUUCCUCCACGAGAAGGAGGUGCCCCAGUGGGGCGUCUAUGACGGCUGCGGUUCGCCCUGUCAGGACGACGAAGAGAGGUGGUGCGGCUGCUCCAAUCAGGCCGCCCGAGGCUUCCCCAACCAUGUGUGCGCGGAGGGCGAGAAGCGCUUUGCG